CCACUAAAAUACACAGAUGCAAAGAAAAUACUCUUUACUAAGAAAUUCUAAGUUGUUUUGACGUCAUGAGAAAUCUUUAAAUCAUAAAAUAAAAUCCUUCAGACUUCCUGACUGGAAAGGCUGAAAUUAAGUCAAGCCCUACUUCUGGAUUUGUUUCUGAUCUACUCACAACUGUAAUGUAACUUCUUAUAAUCUCUCACUGGUCUCUGUAAAAAGAUAAAUGAGGUUUUCUGUCCAUAUUCUAAACUUAAUAGGUACUUCAUUGAAUUAGCGGAAAGUACCUGUGUCCUGAAAGUUUUGAGGUUCAGUAUUUCUAUUUUCUGCUACUUUGCACCUACUUGAUGUAAUCCUCAAAUAUUAUUUAUAUUUAAUUUAAAAUGACAUAAAAUAAAACUCUUAAGAGGGGCUACUUUGGGGCUGGAUAAUGCACAUUUUUAAUAUUUCUUUUUUUUUAUUACAAGACUUAAAUUAUAAUUGACUAUUUUACAGUGUUGUGUUGCUAAUUUAUUUCUCUUAUCAGGUGAGGUGAGGACAUUAUUAUCUAAUUUUAGUUAUUAUUAUUUAAUUUUAACCAUGACUGUAGCUACUGUAUAUUAUAUACAAUCUAUGAUUUGACAAAAAACAAAUAAGUAAUUAAAUAAAUAAAUAAACAAAAAGAAGAACAAAAGAGAUUUUGUUUUUUGAACUGACAAAGUGAACAUCAGGUAAAUAAUAACAGCACAUAACGUUGUAAGUCAAGUAUGAAUGACCCUAAAAUACAUGAAGACUUUAAGGUGACAAUAUUACAAUACGAUUACAUAAUAAAAAAAAAAGUAAAGACACAAGAUUUAAACAUACACAGAAAUAAAGAUAGAGAGUUAGAGGAUAGAUUUAGCAUAAAAACGACAUCAAGGGUCUAACGUUCGUGCUAAUGGUUGCCAGGGAGACGGUACAUUAGCACUUAAGCUAACUGGCUACCCGGCGCAGAUAGCUAACUUAAAGUUAAUGUUAUAUUUAUCAAACACUACGUUACCGGCCUAUGACAUUGUAAGCAUUUUAUUGCAACAUACUAUACCGUCAUUACUACAUUAACUCUGUGGUUUGCGAGUUUGAAGCUAAAGGUAAUAUUACAUUUUACAGCCAAGGUGGGUUAGCUAAAGCUAAAGGUGUCUGUUAGCUGGCUAGCUGAAGUUAGCUUUGCCAUUCCCUUUGGUUAACCGUACAUUAUUCUCAGAAACGGGCGUUUGUAUGUGUUUCUACUGACGUUAUUUGAGUAUGUUUCAACAGGUGUGUUUUUAUCUAAUUUAGGUUUGAGCUUGUCAGGAGACACAAAAGAAAAUGGACUUUUUCUCUUCUGACCUACCGUCCACCUCACUUAAAGAUUCACAGAUGACAGAAGACUCAAACCACAGUCCAUCAAGAGGGAAGUCCUCGAGCAACAGUAUGACUGACACUGGAGAGCAGCACACCAGCUCAGGUAUAGAUGACAUCAGCAGGAGUGCUCAGGAGCUGGUGAUAAAGAUAAACGACAGCCGCACCAGUGACCAGAAAGUGUUCGACAGCUUCCAGGAGAAGUUAUUGAAGAAGGUGACCGAGAUGUGUCAACAGAUGCAGGAGCACAUGUACAACGUCUAUGAAGAGAACAGUAAUGUGAUGCAGGUGUAUCUGCAAGAGUUGUCAGACGUGCUGGAGCGCUGCAGUCAGCUCAACAGUGAGCUCUUCAACGCCAGUCAGGCACUAGAGAGUCUUAGAGGGGGCCUGGCCAUUAGCCAUGCAUCAGAACCCUGAGAAAUUCCUGCUCUGGUGUCCGUAUUAUUGAUCUAGUUCAUGUGUUCUUAUUUUGUAAUUUUAUGC